UUAUGUAUUAGGGUCGUACUUGUGUUGAAUAGAAUCGCGCGACAAAUUGCCCAGCUAAACAACAUGGCCCAAAAGAUACCCAACUCUAUCAUCAUCCUAGUAUCACCUUUCUGGAAUAUACCAAAUACCCAUUCUCAUCCUUCUUCUUGAUCGCACUUUCAAGAUCAAUUGAAUUCCUGGCAAGAGCUUCAACAAUUCUGUAUCAAGUUCAAAAGUCACAAACACAAAUUGGAAAUCACCCCUAAACAACAAAUACGACCCGUUUUCAUCACAAUGGAAGACAUAAGUGCAAUAGAGGAUGUACCUGCGACCAGAUUGACUCUAGAUUUGAGAGGUUCACGCUUUACCAUCGAACAAGCAAUGUUGAUGAAUCUGCCCGAAUCUGUUCUUUUAUGCUUGUUUCCAAACGGUCUCGUUUUAAGUCGACAAUCUACUGCCGGUGGCAUAGCAGGUCCAUCAUCCAAUACAAAUGCAGAAGGAAAUGAAGAAGGCGCAACUGAUGCAGAUGAUGAUGAAGAAGUUUAUAUGGUCGAUUUCGAUCCAGCUUGCCUUUCUUACGUUUUACGUUUUUUCAAAGGAGCACAAGAAGAUUUUUAUGGUUUACCAGGUAAACCAUCCAAACGAGCACAAUUUGCACAAUCUCACGCAAAUCAACAUCAAUUCGGCGUCGAUGGUGACUAUGAUGCAUUUGGAGGUGUACCUGGAGCGAUGCCUUUGAUGAGCAAACAAGCAAUCAUUGUUUUAAGGGAAGAAUUGGAAUACUUUAGCAUACCUCCAAAAAGCUUGCAAAACGGCAUCGGAAUUUCAGCAGGAAGAAAAUCAACAGAUUCAAAGGGCAAUCCUACGCCAGAUGUGCCAGCAAAUACGGUCACAACGCCAGCUUUGCUCGAUCUGAAGCAAGAAUGUGGAUCAGCUCUACUGGAACGAAAACAAAUCUUUACAGCAUUGCAAAGGAAUGUCAAUAAGGAAAACAAUAUGGCUGAACAGCAUUUGAUCGAUAUGUUGUGUAUGAGCGGAUUCGAUCGUGAUGAUACUUGGGGUUUCAGAGCUUUGGAGCCAAACAGAUGUUGUAUAACUUCUAUUGCGCUUGUUUUGCUUAAAACAGGAAUCACUUUUAAUGAGCCAAACGUGGAAGGAAAGGGAGCAUCAGAUGCACAAUCGAGUACAAACGCAAAUGAAAAUUCGUCCACCUUAGGCGAAGGAGACGUUGAAAUCGAUCAACAACAAUUGAACACAGCACAAAAGUUGUUGCUCUUUUGGAGAAAACCGGCAAGAAAGUGCUGGUGGGAUGGCGUGGACGUCAUCUUGCCAUUAUUGGAGGGCGAGCAAGCCGUUUCAGAAUCAGGAAAGAGUGUGGUAUCGGAGGAUACGUCAAACAACUCAGGUGGAAUGACAACAGCAGAACAGGAGCUAUUACGAUCAGGAAAAGGAAGAAGGACUAGAGUAUGGGCAAGACGAGUAUGGACAUUGGAAUUGAGCUUGAUAUGAGCUGAAUCCUUCCAGUAUUCGAAUCAACAGCAAACCACAUGGUUACUUCACGUGUGACGCAAUGAACCAUCUCUAUCAUGCAACAUACCCUAAGCUGCUUUAUAAUACCAUUCAACCAAAAAGCUGUCUUUACGCCCCUCCUUGCAUGAUCAGUUUUACCGAUUACGUUUUAAUGAUAGCCUCUUUAACUGCCAUUACACUUAUCAGCCACGAACAUUCUGCUUGCAUAUCCUUAUGGACUUUAUUCAUCAUCUGCAUUCAAUUCAGUCGUAUUCAAUUAUACACAACCUUACACAGACAACCUUUCAAAAGCAUUCUUUUUAUUUUAAUUUACAAUUUUCUCCAUUUCUCUUUUAUCAACUUGUCAGGCUGAUUGGAUUCAUAUACUUUUGCUAAUGAUAUACGGAUUCUUUCG